UUUCUGACAGCCAAGGCAACUCCUCCCACCUCCCCAUCACACUGGGAAUUCCGUCCAGCUGGCUGGGACCAAAGCUCCAGUACACCCCUAGUCCUGUCCGUGGCAUUGUCAAAUUCCUAGCAGACAUCAUCCCAUCAAACAUCAUUCAGCAAACAUUGUUCCAGCAGACAACGUUCAGCAGACACCUCCGCCGUCUGGUUACAAUUUUGAGGAAGUCACCCGGCAUUGUUUUCCCUAGCGUUCGUAACAUCUGGAAGCAGAUUCGGCAUUCGUCCUCGCGUAGAAAUGGCGGACGAAGGCAAGGUGGUGGCGAAGGUGAUCGACGGCAAGGCCAUCUCGCAGCAGAUCCAUGGCGAGGUGGCCGCUGGGGUGACGAAGUUAAAAGAGGCCACUGGAAAAGUCCCCGGACUAGCAGUCAUCAUAGUGGGUGAGCGCAAGGACUCGCAGACUUAUGUGCGAAUGAAGGUCAAGGCGUGCCAGGAGGUGGGGAUUGCCUCGUUCGAGGGGAAGCUUCCUGGCGACGCCAGCCAGGAUGACGUCAUUGCAGCAGUCAGGGAGUUCAACGCCAACCCUGACGUGCACGGCAUCCUGGUUCAGCUGCCCCUGCCGGCUCACAUCAGCGAGGAGGCGGUGCUUGCUGAGGUGGCGCUGCCCAAGGACGUGGAUGGCUUCCAUCCAAUCAACAUCGGACAGCUGGCGAUGAAGGGGCGGCACCCGCAGUUUGCCCCGUGCACCCCCGAGGGCUGCAUGGUGCUGCUGGAGCGCAGUGGCGUGCAGAUCAGCGGGCAGCGCGCCGUGGUGAUUGGGCGCAGCAACAUAGUGGGCAUGCCGGCUGCAAUGCUGCUGGUGGAGCGGGAUGCCACAGUCACCAUCGUGCACUCGAGGACCAAGCAGCCCAAAGAGAUUGUGCAGCAGGCGGAUAUUGUGAUUGCUGCCAUUGGGAGAGCCAAGAUGGUGAAAGGGGACUGGCUGAAGCCGGGGUGUGCAGUGAUCGACGUGGGAAUCAACGCCAUUGACGACGCAACGAAGAAAGCCGGAUACCGGCUGGUGGGUGAUGUGGACUACGAGGAGGCGAGGGAGGUGGCAGGGUGGAUCACCCCGGUGCCGGGAGGGGUGGGGCCGAUGACCAUUGCCGUGCUGCUGCAACACACGCUCACUGCUGCUGAGAGGGCAUUGGGAGGCAGUUCAUAGGGGGCGGGGGCUUGAUGGCAACAGCUGGGUACUGGCUGGUGGGGGAUGUGGACUAUGAGGAGGCGAGGGAGUGGCAGGGUGGAUCACCCUAGUGCCAGGAGGGGUGGGGCCGAUGACCAUUGCCGUGCUGCUGCAACACACGCUCACUGCUGCGCAGAGAGCUCUAGGAGUGCCUUGUUAGAGCCAAGAAAGCCGGUUACCGGUUGGUGGGCGAUGUGGCCUCCGAGGAGGCAAGAGAGGUGGCAGGGUGGAUCACCCGGGUGCUGGGGGGAGUGGGGCCGAUGCCAUGCUGCUGGAACACACGCUCACUGCUGCUCAGAGGGCUCUUGGAGUCUCGGAGCCCCUUCAUAGGGGUGUUAUGUGUUAUGAACAACUCUAACAACUCACAACACUGGUGCCAGGGGGGAUGGGGCUUGCUGUGGCCUCACAACCUGUGAGGCACUUGUGGCCACACGUAGGGCACUAGAAGUUGUUUCAUAGUAAUUACAGUGCUGCAAUUUCGGCGUGAGAACUUGAGAAGGGUUAGUACGGUUCUGCGCUGCGCAAUAAUAAUUGGGCUCAGCAUAGCUGAGAUUCAGGCGAUAGGGGCGAGUCUGGGAAGAGCCCUGUUGGGCUGAGAAGAAGCCCUUAGGAUCUUUUACAGAGACUAAGUCCCAGCUGUAGAGACUUGAGACUUGGAGUAGUGCAGCGGAAGUUGAGGCAG